AUGAAUGUAACAGAGAAAAAAAAGAUGAGACAAAACGUAUCGGAAAAUGAAAUAAUAAACAAAAUAGAUUCAAUUAAUUUAAAAGAUGUAAAGGAAGUAUCUGUUAAUAUGAACAAUUACACAAAUUUUAUAUCGCUAAAGUUAAAAAAGAAUAGAGAAGGCAUUAUAAAUUCUAUCCAUAGAAUAAAACAACUAGAAGCUAUGACAAAAAAGCUAAACAAAGAAUUAUCAGAUGGUAAUAAAGAAUUAAAAAAAUUAGAAAAAAAUAUUAAACAAUUUGAUGAAGAAAAUUCUUAUCUUGAGGAUAAUAUAGCGUCUGAAAUUAAUAAGAAUAAUGCAUAUAAAAGUAGGAUAUCAAUUUUAAAAAAGAAUAAACAUAAAAUGUCCAAAGCUCAAGAAAUUAUUGAUAAUGAUAUAAAUUAUAUGAAAUCCAGAAUAAAUAUAAUGAAAGAAAACGUUGAUCAGAAUAGUAAGAAGUACCACAAAUUGGUGAAUGAUAAAGAUAAAAUGCAUAAAGAAAUGGAAAAAUUUAAAAAAGACAGAAAAUAUUUGCAGCUUCAUUUAAAAAGUAGUAGAAAAAAUCAUGAAAUUUUGAAAAAUAAAAUGCAAACUGUUGUCUUAAAUAUGAAGAAGACUUAA